AUGAUGAAAAAUUUAUCAAUGGUGUCUGGCCAACCGAGUGCAGAAGAUGCUAUGAGUAAUGGCAAUAACUACAAUCUUUCAUUUCCAGCUUUGCCAGUUUUGAAGACUUCGGAGACAAUUGGGACUGCACAAUUAAAAAAACGGAGUAAUUUUAAAUCAUCAACCGUGAACGAAAUAAUUACUAUACCUGCCCAAGACAGACAUUGGGACAGGAAUAGUCAAUUAGAGAAUAAAAAAUGUAAGGAAGCAUAUAUGAAAAUUGGGAAAGAAUGUAAUGUAGGAAUAGAGAUUUGUGUUUCAAAAACCAUGGAUCUGACUUUACAAAUCAGCGGCAAUAGAGUAAAUGUUGAACGAGCAAAACAAAAAAUUAACACAUUCGAACAAACUCAAAUUAAAACUACUACUACACCGUUUCCAAAAGAACAUCGAAGUACGUUAUUGGGCAAACAAGGACUUAAUAUUAAGAAUAUUGAAAAACGUACAGGAGCACGUCUUCAAAUACCGUGUAUGAAAAAUUCGGCUGACAUAAUUUAUAUAACUGGAACAAAGGAUUCCACGAAAAAAGUAGUUCAAGAAUUGGAGGAAAUUAUAAUUAAGUUGAAAAGUAAAACUGAAAAAGAAAUAAAAAUUGAUCAACGUCACCACGGAGCGAUAAUUGGAUUCAAUGGUGAAAAAGUUCGAGAACUUCAGAAAAUAUUUAAUGUUAAAAUUAUAUUCCCCAGUCCAGUUGAGGCUAGAAAUAAUUUAGUUAAAAUACAAGGUUUGAACAAUGAUGUAAAUAAAGCAUUUAAAUCAUUAGCUGAAUUGGCCGAAGUAUUGGAUGAAAUCAACUAUGUGUUGGAAAUUCCUAUUUUUAAACAAUUUCACAAACUUAGUGCUGGAAAGAGAGCAAUAUUUAUUAAAAAGAGAAGAAACUGA